AUGGCUCUGUUCAUGGACUCGGGUUUCUCUUUACUCAAGCAGAACCAGCAGAAAGACCUGGUGGAUCUGAAGGCGUUGUUUGGAGAACAGGAGCAAUGCAAAGAUGUCCGCAGUGGGAGCACCGUGUCCUCCCCGGAGCCGGACCGAGCCGGCGGCCUGAUGGAGGGUCAGAGGAAGAGGAAGAGGACCAUCUUCAGCCGGGCCCAGCUGUCGGAGCUGGAGCAGGCCUUCGCCGUGACCCCCUACCCGGACAUCACCCUGAGGGAGAGGCUGGCAGCGCACACACACCUGCCCGAGAGCAAGAUCCAGGUCUGGUUCCAAAACAGAAGAGCUAGAAGUAUUAAGACUGGCAGACUCCCCAAGUCCACCAAGCCUGUCCUGGGCGGUAGAGGCUUUGUGGAGCCCUCCCCUGGGCCGGUGGCCUCCACAUACCCGGCUCCACCCUCUCUGGCAGACAUCUUCAGGCCAGAGCAGACCCACUCCUGUGAGGAUGUACCACAGAUAUACUCUGACUGGAUCCAGAUCUACAGCAACCCGGUAUCGCCACCAUCGUCCUCGUCCCUCCACCAGCAGCAGCCGACUCGCAGCUGCUCCAAGUCCUCAGAGUCUCGUCUGUGGGAGGAGGAGCAGCACCGGCAGCAGCAACUGGGACCGCCACUCACCGGUUUCCUUCCCGGUUCGUUUUCUCAGCCCAUCGCCAGGCAGCCUCACCACCCCACCUCCACCCGCUCCUACCAGGCCUUCAGGAACUUCAAGCCCCAGAGCCUGGCUCCAUCUGGGGCUCAGCAGGCCGUGUACGGAGGCAGCACCGGAGGUGGAGGUCAUGCCUCGGUAGACCAGGUAGUUCCCUCCCACCCUCAGCCGGUGUACUGGGAGGUAACGCAGAGUCAGGGACACCACCACCAUCACCACCACCAUCACCACCCACAGAUGGGACCACAGACCUCCAUGGGCUACAUCUCAGACCUGAUCUACAACGCUGCCAUUGUUACCAACUUUUUAGAGUUCUGA